CUGGAAAAGAGGCCACCAUAAAUAGCCAGAGGUUGUGAAGAAAAGAAGAGACAGUGAAUGAGAGAUUAGAAAGACAGGAGUGAGAAAACACAGCCCAUCCACACAAGUUUGAGGACAAUGUGGCUGGCCCUCCUUGUGUGUCAGCUUGCUCUGCUUCCUCGCAUCCCGGCUCAAAAUGUUUGCCAAACACACCCUACAUUCAGAGAGCCAGCCAACUCGGACAUGGAGGUCGUAUGUGGCACCGACAGGAUGACACUUCAGAUUCUCCUUUGUCCUGUGUACUACAGCGGCUACAAUGAAACGCUGAUGGCCCUCAACGCUCAGUACAUGAAAGCAGAGUGCAGGGGAAUACCAGAUUGGUCAGUCAACCCACCUGUCCUGAAAUUUAAUUUCCUCAUCACAGAGGAGGCUGUGGCUACCUGCUCUAACAAACUGAUGGUCACCCAGGAAGUGGGUUAUGGAAUUUUCUCAGACUUUUCCAGCAUUCAAUUUGUCAACAUCUCUGGCAUGAUCAACUCCCUGGAUCCCAGCGCAGGCACCAUCACCUACCGCCAAGAGAUGGUGUACAAGUUCUCCUGUCGCUAUCCACUCCAAUACCUUGUGAACAACACUGAGAUGAGUGUAUCUGGAGUAAGCCUGGCGGUCAAAGACAACAAUGGGAGUUUCAUCAGUACUCUAAGCAUGCAGCUUUACUCAGACAUUUCCUACACAACCUUGCUCACGGUUCCAGAUGGGGGCCUGCAACUGAAGACAAGGAUCUUUGUACAGGUCAAAGCCACCAACCUUACAACAAGAUUCAAUGUGCUGCUGGACCGCUGUUAUGCUACAACCAGUCCUCACCCUGUCAACAGCACUUACUAUGAUCUCUUUGUUGGGUGUAACCGCGAUGGCCAGACAGUGAUAGGGGUGAAUGGACAACAGCAGGUAGCACGAUUCUCCUUUGAGGCCUUUCGGUUUGUUCAACACCAGAAUAGGACGCUAUCAACCUUCUACCUCCACUGUAUAGCCAGACUGUGUGAGACCUCUCUUUGUAGCUCCCUGCAACAGAACUGCACUACUAACAGAUGGAGGCGUGAUAUCUCUCCAACCCAAGGCACCUCAGAGAGGGACAUGGCCACAGUCAGCUCCGGCCCCAUUAGCACACGAGUGGACAACGCUGGUCUUAUUGAGUCUGAAGUGGCUUCACAAGUCGACAAACAUGCAGAAGGAUGGGAAGUUGCCAUAGCAGUGGGGAUCAUAGGUGCUCUCCUCCUCACUCUGGCAGGAUUCAUAACUUUUCAGAUGUACGCCUCAAAGCAAGGCUGGGUUCGUCGUACUCACCUGAAGUGACGCUGUUUUUUAAUGUACAAUUUCCCAGAUGGAGACCCCAUUAAUUUAUGAAAUCUCAAUCUCAACACACAUUCAUAUGUAGUAUUUUUCUUUAAUUUAACACUAUAUUUGAGUGUCAAUGGUCAAUGAAACUUCCUGUUUUGGCCGACAAUUCAUGUCCAGUUUACAUUCACUGAGACAAAUUGAUAUAUUUCAAGAUUAAGUCUGAAUGAUCCUUGGACUAUCCAUAUUGCUUUCAUUCACUCAACUAAGACCAAGGACAUGGGACCUGAAACUAAACUAAUCCAAAUAUCUCAAUGGCAGGUAUGACAAAAGGUCAGAGUCCAAAGAGAACACAAAAGCACUUAUAAUAUGCAUGAGCAACAUUCACAGCAGUACUGCAUGCUUGAAAUGAUUCUUCUACAUUUGAAAGUGUUGUUUAGCUAGGUAGUGAGAAGGACUAUCAUUGUUUCUUCCUGUUCAUCUGUUGGAAUGAAUGCUAUGAAAUGAGUACAGGGUUGGGUUUAGGAAUACAUUAUUCAAUUACUGGUCUGAUGGUGCUGCAUAUCUUAACUCAAAUUUGUGGUGGAAUAUAAAGGGGCAUUUUGUACCUAUUACUAUCAAUUUUGCAAUCUCUACAUAUUGAGACAUGCUAUAUAACAACAUGAACAGCUUUCUAUUAUUUGAACCAAAACAGGUUUUAAUAAAA